AUGCCUAUUCCAAAACAAUCUAUUUAAGAGUUAUCAAAUGAUAAAUAUACGCUUUUUGAAGGUAUUAAUCCAUCAAUUAUUAAUUUAUUGUACUAAAGUUAUUAAGAUAUCUCAACAUUAAAAAAACAUCGGUUUAGUAAUAAGAACUGGUUAUGCUUCAAUGAGAGGAUAAUACUUUAGAAAUGUAUUAUUUCCUUCUCCUUCAUCAAGAGUGUUUUAUAUAAGCUUGCAAAUUUUAUUGGUUUUGGGUCUCGUUAUUUUAUCUAUUUUUAGUAUAUUACUAUCUUUAAAAUAUUACUCAAUGCAUUAUUCAAUUAAACUCUUGAUUGGAAGAUACCUUGAUGCUAUUACAUGGAUUAUACCUAUCUUUUUUUCAUUAAAUUAGACUAUAUCUUUAAUAAAUUAAAAAUAUUGUCCGAUCUAAUCCAGUAAAAACUGAAGAUCCAGGUAAAGUUGAUACAGUAUUCUUUGAUAAAACUGGAACAUUUUCUACAUUAGAAUUAUAUGCAAAAGAUUAUUAUCCACACCAAGAUUCUUUAUUAGAAAUUAUGGAUUGUUAUCAUCACUUCACAAUAAUUUAUUAAGAAUUAGAGGGAGAUCCUAUGGAAUUAGAGAUGUUUAAAUAAAGUGAUUGGAAAAUCUAUUUUGAUAAUUAAAAGUAUUUUAAAGUUCAAAAAUACAAAAAAUCUUUUUAAGUGAUAAAAAUAUUUGAAUUAAAUUCUCAUUUAUAAAGAAUGAGCGUAAUAGCAUUAAAUGAGAAAGAUAAUUAAUAUUAUUUAUUUGCAAAAGGUUCACCUCAAAAAAUAAUUGAAUUAUCAAAUAAGAAAUUUGAUAAAUCUAUUUUAGAAUAAUAACUUUAAAAAUUUACUUAUGAAGGUUUAAGAGUGAUUGGCUUAUCAUAUAAAUUAUUAAAUUAAGAUUAAAUUCAUUUCUAGAGAGAUAUCUUAGAAAGUUAAUUAAAUUUUAGUGUAUAUUUACUUUGA